AUGCAUUCAAUUCCUACUAUACUAAGAAGUUCGAAGUCGUGGUCAAAUUCAACACAAAGAUCUGAAUAUAACCAAAAAACGAACAAUUGGUCCGACUUUAAUUCUAAUAAUGAAAAACCGAAUGAAUUUUGUUCAAAUUCUACUUUUAAUGGAAAGUUUUUAAAUAGAGAUCUAUCGAGAAGUUGUUAUAAGAGCACUAAUCUAAUUUUACCAGAAAAUUAUCAAAUCCAAAAUGGAAGAUUGUUUCGGAAUUCAUCAUUAAUAAAUGAAAAUAACGUUUUCAAGCAAAGGAUAAUCAAUGGAAAACAAAUUGAGACUAACCAAAAAGCUUCUUUACUUCAAAAUCCUUUUCUUUUGAAGGGAGGAAAACAUUUAGUUUCUCGUGCCAAUGACUUAAUAAAUGGGUUCGGAGCUUUUGAAAUGGAGUUUAGGCCUUCUUUUCCGAAUAAUUUUCAAGAAAAGAAUAAUAAAUUGACACUUUGUUUAAAUUCUUCCAAAAAAAAGAUAUACGAUUCGUUAAAUACCGAUUAUUCACAGCCUGUACCCAUUGCUUGUAAUAAAUUAUUUCGUGCAACUUCAUUUCUAGAAAGAAAGCCAAGUUUAAAUUAUUCUAAUAAUAACUCAGUUUUUUUACAGCGAAAUUCAAAUUUUAUAUCGGAAAAUUGUAGAAAAAACAGUAUAAGAUCUUGUAAUCAUGUAAAAUAUAUUCAAGAAGAGAAAUAUAAUUCAAAUAAUUUAUCAAAUAACCAACUCAAUAUAAGUUCAACAAAUCAAGAAAAUUCUUCGAUAUUUUUGAAUAAUAAACCAAUUAAUUCAAAAGUACCUAACUUUAUCAGCUCUAAAUUCUAUAUAAGAAAUAUACCAAAGAUUUCUAUUAAUAAUGCGAGUUCAAAAUCGAUCAAACCUUUAUAUAAUUUUGAAUCGAAUAAUUGGAUAGAAUUAAAUUUAACAAACAUAAAAAUUUUUUCGUUACUUGGAAUUGGAUCAACUAGUUCGGUUUAUUCUGCAUUUUGGAGAGGGACUGAAGUUGCAGUAAAAAUACUAGGGAGUUGCCCAAAAGUUAUUAAGUCAUCAAAUAGUGAUUACUUGAAUUUAAGUAUAAAUAAGGUAAUUCAAUCAAUGGAAAUGAAUAAAAAAGAUUCACAACGUUAUUCGGAAUUCAAGAAUGAAAUUAAAAUUAUGAACCUGUUAAGGCAUCCAAAUAUUGUACAGUAUAUGGGAGGUAACAUUAGUUCAAACCCACCCUUUUUAAUAUGUGAGUUUUGCUCAGGAGGCACCCUUUUUAGCCUGUUACAUGGAGAUUCUAAGAAAUGUUCAGAUUCGAACAAAUUUACCUUCUCUGGUCCGUCUAUUAAUUUAUCUUUGUAUCAAAGGAUAAAAAUUUUGCAAGAUAUAGCUCGAGGGAUACAUUUUUUACAUUCUGCAAAUCCGCCAAUAAUCCACAGAGAUAUCAAAUCUUUAAAUAUCUUCUUGUUAUUGCCAAUAAAAUCUAAUCUUGAUGUACCAAUUGCUAAGGUUGGAGAUUUUGGCCUUUGCAAACAAUUGUUUUCAAACAAAGGAUUUGCGGAUGGGCCUGGAAAUCUGGUUGGUACAUACCAAUGGAUGGCACCUGAAGUAUUAACAAACCAGACUUACAACGAGUAUAUUGAUGUAUAUAGUUUUGGAAUGAUCAUGUAUGAAGUUCUUUCUAACAAGACACCUUUUUUUGAAUUAGGAGUUGAUGUAAAUCCAGAAAUACUUACUGAAGAAAUUAUUAAGGGUAUCAGACCUACAUUGAAAUAUAUAGUUAGUGAUGCGCCCACAGAAAUUAAAAACAUAAUGAUACGAUGUUGGGACCCACAACCUUCGAAGAGGGGAACAAUGCUUAUUAUAAUUAAUGAACUACAGCGUUUAAUGGAAAAAUUAGCAAAUUCAUAG